AUGAAAAAUUAUAUUGCUGUAGAAGGUUCAAAUUCGAGACAUUAUGUUCAAAUUAGAAAUCCACAAGCAGAGGUUGUAAUUUCUUCAUAUAAUACCUAUUAUGAACCAGUUACAGAAUCAAUGAGAAUUCCGAAUUAUGAUCCAACAAUUAGACCAUGGUAUAAGGCAGGAUUGAAGGCGCCUUAUCCAAGCUAUCAAUGGUCAACUGUCUUUAAUAAUUUCUUCAUCAAAUGCCUAUCUCUGGGAGCUGCUACAACUUUGGAUUAUGAUAAUUAUAACAUGACACAGCUCAGUAAUGGUACAUACACAAAACAAUCUGUAGUAGAGAUUAUUGGGGCCCAUUAUGACUUGUAUCAAUUGGACUAUAUCCUUAAUGAAACUAUUCAGGCUAACCUUGAUAUCCAAACUAAAUCCAUUGACAUUGUAAUUAUUGAGAGAACAGGUUAUUUGAUUAGUACAAGUAUGGGUUAUGAAACUAGAGAUGCCAAUAAUAAUAGAGUACAUAUGAAUCAAACAACAAGUGUCUUUUCAAAGAUUUCGGAUUACCUAAUGAGUCAGAAAAUAAUAAUUGGACCAAAUGGAGAUAUGGCAACCCUCUCGUCUGAUAACUCUACCAUAAUUCUCAAGAUAGAUCAAUACAGAGUAUCUGUACAAUUUAUCAAGGAUGAUCAUGGUUUAGAUUGGAUAAUUAUUCAAGCAACCGUAAAUUAUGGAUUUGUCAAGACAGUAAUGACAAGUGAUCCAGCUCUAUUAUCUCUAUCCAUUAUUUUCAUUAUUUUUGGAACUGUUUUAGCCAUGAUUGUCACUCAAUUAAUUACUCGUUCUAUUUUGAAAGUCUCCAAGGAUAUGAGCAAAAUUUCUAAAUUGGAAGUGGAAGAAGUUAAAACCUCAAAGCUUUUAAAGGUUGUGUAUGAAUUAGAUUUGUUGCAACAAUCAACGAAAUUAGUCAAGAAUUCUCUUCAUUCCUUCAUGAAAUAUAUUCCAAAAGAUAUUGUUAAAGAUAUUGUGAGAAAUGGCAUCGGAGCUAAAUUAGGCGUCGUGAAUUGCUCAACAUCAAUUCUAUUCAGUGAUGUUGCUGAUUUCACAACCUUUUCAGAAUCAUCAACUGUUUCAGUAUUACUCAAAGUCCUCUCAGAAUAUUUCAGAAUAAUGACAGAAGCUGUUGAAUCAAAUGGAGGCGUAAUAGACAAAUUCAUUGGUGAUGGUGUGAUGGCUCUAUUCUCUCACCCUCUCAAACAGCUAGAUGAUCACCAAAACAAAUCAUGUCAAGCAGCCCUAGAUGCACUUGUUGCAAUCGAAAAGUUGAGGAUUCGUUGUAAGGCAGAAAAUUGGCCGGACCUCAGAAUUAGAGUUGGUGUGAAUUCAGGUAAUGCCAUGAUAGGAAACGUAGGUUCUAAGGAAAGAUUCAACUAUACAGCUAUUGGAGAUAGCGUCAAUACUGCGGGUAGAUUGGAAACUCUUAAUAAGAGAUAUGAAACUACUGUUUUGAUUGGUCAAUCAACAUAUGAACAAGCUAAAACAAAGUUCCUCUGUCUAUUCGUCGAUGUUGUUAAACUUAAGGGAAAGAGCAAACCAACAGAAGUGUAUACUCUUGAAACAGAGUGGUCUGAAGCUAAUAACAUUCAAAAGGAAUUACACGACUCACUAAUUGACAUAAGGGAUCAACUAAAAAGCAGGCAAUAUGAGAAUAUGAUUGCCAAAGUUGAUGUUCUCAAAUGUAGAAUCUCUGAAUGGAAAACCGAAGCUAUUUCAAUGGCUGCCUCUUGUGAAGAUGAGAAUGAGCAUAAUGAUGGUCCAUCAAUUUGCUUUUCCAAUCUUAAAUUUGUUGAUGAUUUGAAAGAAAGAGCAUCCAAUUUGAAGAAUGUUGCUGAUUCCACAACUGGUGAACGAUCAUUUAUGGAUAUUACCUUAGCUCUUAAUGAGAAAUAA